GGAGAGUCAUUUAGAAAAGGAUGACCAACAAAUAAAAACAACAACAAUCGUUCGUGUUCAUUUGUUCACUCUAUUCAUUAAAAUAAGCUUCUAUGACAUCACAGCAAAGAAAAUGGAAUAAAAAAGAAAGACAUAAAAUCAAUCCAUUCGCAGUUCAAUUUUUUGGGUCUAAUUCAACAAACAUCAUCUCAAUGGCUUCGACUUUAUCAUAAAAAAUAUUCACUUUCAGCUCUUUUUCUUUAUUCUUGGCUUACCAUCAAUUAUAGGACUUAUGAUCAUAGAAGGAAAACAAACAGAACAAGUGAAGGAUCAUUAAUGUCAGAACAGAAAAUUGAUUCAUGGAGCUACAUGUUGAUCUGUUUUUUGAUCCUUUUCUCAGGUAAAGUAGUUAUUGGAGAUUCAUUGGAAACAGACAAACAAGUAUUGUUGAAGUUGAAAUCCUAUUUGGAAAAUCAAACAUUUGCAAAUAGAGGAGAGUAUAUAAGAUGGAACAACAACAACAAUAAUUCAAAUCCAUGUGAGUGGUCAGGAAUAUCUUGCAGCUUAAUCAAAGGUAAAAAAUGGAGGGUUGUGAGUGUAGACAUCUCAGCAAGUGAAAUAUCAGGUAAAAUGUUUCAGAAUUUCUCUCAGCUUAGUGAACUCACAUACCUUGAUGUCUCUUUGAACACUCUCUCAGGUGAGAUUCCUGAAGAUUUAAGUAACUGUCAUAAGCUUGUGUAUCUAAAUUUAUCUCAUAAUAUUCUUGAAGGAGAGAUGAAUUUGAUUGGUUUGAAAAAGUUGCAAACAUUGGAUUUAUCUAUGAAUAGAAUUCAAGGGGAGAUUGAGUUGAAUUUUGUUGAUAAUUGUGAUAGUUUGGUUACUUUGAAUGUUUCAGAUAAUCAUUUUUUUGGUAAGAUUGAUAAGUGUUUUGAUAAGUGUCUAAAAUUGAAGUACUUGGAUUUGAGCACAAAUAAUCUAAGUGGUGGAAUUUGGAAUGGAAUUUCAAGGUUGAAACAGUUUUCCAUUUCUGAGAAUCAUCUUAGUGGGAUUGUUCCUUCACAAGCUUUUUUAAAGAAUUGUAGUCUUGAAAAAUUGGAUAUUUCAGUUAAUGGAUUUGUUGGUAAACCACCUAAGGAGGUUGCAAAUUGCAAGAAUUUGAAGAUUCUCAAUCUUUCUAGUAACAAUUUUAGUGAGGAAAUACCUCAUGAAAUUGGUUCAAUUUCUGGUCUACAAUCAUUGUUCUUGCAAAAUAACAGUUUCUCAAGAGAUAUUCCAGAUACACUUUUGAAUUUGAACAAUUUGUUUAUCUUGGAUUUGAGCAGGAACAAAUUUGGUGGUGAGGUACAAGAGAUAUUUGGUAAAUUCAAGCAAUUGAAGAUUCUUCUGUUGCAUGCAAAUUCUUACACUAAAGGGUUGAAUACAUCAGGAAUAUUUUCAUUGAGUAACCUUACAAGAUUAGAUUUAAGCUUCAACAACUUUUCAGGUCAAUUACCUGUUGAAAUUUCUCAAAUGACUGGUCUCACAUUCUUAACAUUAGGCAACAAUCUAUUCAAUGGAACUAUUCCAUUUGAAUUAGGAAAGUUGAUUAAUUUGCAAGGACUUGACCUUGGUUUCAAUAGUUUUAUUGGAAAAAUACCACCAAAUUUUGGAAACUUGAACUCUCUCUUGUGGUUAAUGCUAGCUGAUAACUCAUUAACAGGUGAAAUUCCAAAAGAGUUAGGUAACUGUUCAAGUUUGUUAUGGUUGAACCUUGCAAACAACAAACUCACUGGAAAGUUUCCUUCUGAAUUGACCAAAAUUGGAAGAAAUGCUAUGAAAACAUUUGAAUCAAAUAGAAAAAAUACCUAUGGUGUUAUUGCGGGAAAUAGCGAAUGUUUAUCGAUGAAAAGAUGGAUACCUGCUGAUUACCCUCCAUUUAGUUUUGUGUAUAGUAUCUUAACAAGGAAAAAUUGUAGAACACUUUGGGAUAGAUUGCUUAAAGGAUAUGGAAUUUUUCCUAUGUGUACAUUUGAUCCUUCUACUAAAUCAUCUCAUAAAUUUGGUUAUGUUCAAUUAAGUGGUAAUCAAAUUAGUGGUGAAAUUCCUUCAGAAAUUGGUAGCAUGAUGAAUUUCAGUAUGUUACAUUUAGGUGACAACAAAUUCAUUGGAAAAUUUCCACUUGAGAUUAGUGGUUUACCACUUAUAGUAUUGAACAUGACUAGGAACAAAUUUUCAGGUGAAAUUCCAAGUGAAAUUGGUAACAUGAAGUGUAUGCAGAAUCUUGAUUUAUCUUGGAACAAUUUCUCAGGUGAAUUUCCAACAAGUUUGGUUAAUUUGGAUGAACUUAGCAGGUUCAACAUUUCAUAUAAUCCUUUAUUAUCUGGUAAAGUACCACCAAGUGGACACUUGCUUACUUUUGACAAAGAUUCCUAUGUUGGUGACAAUCUUUUAGACUUUCCAAAAUUCUUUGAUAACACUUUAGAUCAAAGAAAUAAAACUUUUCACAACAAACACAUGAAAAAAUCCACAAUAUGGUAUCUUUGUGUUGCUUUGACACUUUCUAUUUUAGUCUCUGGACUUCUCUUUCUAACAGUUUAUUUCUUAGUGAAAAGUCCAUCUUUGGAAAAAAGAAAAAACCAAGGGCAUGAUGAUUCUGUCAAGAUAUUCAACUUGAUCAACAACACAAUUUUCACACAUGCUGACAUAUUGAAAGCAACAGGAAACUUCAAAGAGGAAAGAAUCAUAGGAAAAGGAGGAUUCGGAACGGUCUACAAGGGAGUUUUUCCUGAUGGAAGAGAAGUGGCAAUUAAGAAGCUACAAAGGGAAGAAGGAAUGGAAGGCGAAAAAGAAUUUCGUGCCGAAAUGAAAGUCCUUGUUAGUGGUCAAGAAUUUGGUUGGCCACAUCCAAACCUUGUUACACUUUAUGGUUGGUGUCUAUAUGGUUCACAAAGAAUACUGGUUUAUGAGUACAUAGGAGGUGGAAAUUUAGAAGAACUAGUGACUGAUACAACAAAUUUCAAGUAUAUAAGGCGGUUAGAAGUUGCGAUCGAUGUUGCUAAAGCAUUAGUUUAUCUACACCAUGAAUGUUACCCUCCAAUUGUACAUAGAGAUGUGAAGGCUAGUAAUGUUUUGCUAGAUAAAGAUGGUAAAGCUAAAGUAACUGAUUUUGGACUUGCUAGAGUUUUUGAUGUUGGAGAUACUCAUGUUAGUACAAUUGUGGCUGGAACUGUUGGAUAUGUUGCGCCGGAAUAUGGACAAACAUGGCGCGCUACGACGAAAGGUGAUGUGUAUAGUUUUGGUGUGUUGAUUAUGGAGUUAGCAACUGGGAGAAGAGCUGUGGAUGGAAGUGAAGAAUGUUUGGUUGAAUGUGUUAGUAGAAAAGGAUUGAAUUAUUUUGGAUUAGUUGGUGAUGCAAAGGAGAUGUUUGAGUUGCUUCAAGUUGGUGUGAAGUGCACAAAUGAUUCACCACAAGAAAGGCCUAAUAUGAAAGAGGUUCUAGCUAUGUUGAUUAAGAUAUAUAACUCUUAUACUAAUUUGAAUUAUGGACACUUUGUUUAGAUUGUGUUUGUUUCAACUAAAUGUGCUUUUAAGUGCAUGGUCAUUGUAUUUCCACAUACGUUGUUAGUAUAUUUUUUAUUGUUAGGAAACUAGAUGAAGUUGUUUUCAUUUUUAUUUUUUGUAUAUAAAAAUGUUGAUACUAGUGUAAGAUGCAAUACAAUAUUUUAUAGAACAAAACAUGUGAUGCAUAGUUGAAUUGAUUCUUGUGUAAAGGAACUUCAUUAUUCAUGCUGAAGAAGGAGAUGUGCUGUCAUAAUUUGACUUUUGUUUUAGUAUAACCCCUUUCAAGGAA